ACUGUAACUAUGACUGACCAUUGUAGGGACUCUGAACCUCUUCGUCGCCGGAUGGACCGCCAAAAGGUUCGGCCCCCGGGCGGCCCUCAUGGCCCAGACGUUCGUGCCCGCCGUGCGCGUCGCCACGCAGAUCCUCGGCGUCGUCGCCGGGAAGCGCACCGGCAUCAUCAUCAUCCAGUGCACGCAGCUCAUCACCAUCCUCGGCGGGCCCGCUGGCUACAUCCUCAUCGUCAACAUCAUCGUCGGCGAGGUCGUCGAGCCGUCGCGCCGCACCGCCGUCUUUGGUAUGCUGCAGGGUUGCAUUAUGCUCGGCCAGGGCAUCGGCUACUUUGCCGGCGGCAUGAUUGGAGACGCCAUCAACGUCCGCGCCCCGUUCGACGUCGCCUUCGUGUCCUUCCUCGUCUGCGGCGUCUACGCACGCUUCGCACUGCCGUAUAUAGCCCCGGAUGCCAUGUCCGGCGGCGGCAAGAAGACCGGCCAGCAGGGCGUCUCGGGCUUCCUCGCGCCGCUGCGCAUCCUCGUGCCGCAGCGACUGCGACGCGCUGACGGUCGGCUCGUCAAGCACUACGGCGUCAUCUUUCUCUGCGCGGGCAUCUUCCUCGGAGUGCUCGCCACGGGCUACGCCCCGCUGCUCAUCCAGAUGUACGCGACUGCCGCCUUUGAGUUCAACCAGGCGGACAACGGCUGGCUCAUGUCCGAGUUCUCCUUGAUGCGGAGCCUGUUCCUCAUCCUACUCUUCCCGCGCGUCAUCAGCUGGGGGAGGAGACUCAUGUUGGCGGCGCCCCGGGGUGGUGGUGCGUCGCGACCGGCGUCUCGGGGGCGGGCACGACAUGGCGGCGGCGGCGGCGGCGGCGACGACGACGACGACGACAACAACAACGAUGAGGCGUCGGCUUUGCUUGUCACCGCACCGGGUCAGCUCGACGCCGCGGCCGGUGAGCAGGUCCACAGCGAGGCCGUCUUGUUAGCAGAGUCCGACGCCGGUCGUGACGACUGCCUCUUCGAUCUCAUCCUUCUACGCUGGAGCCUCGUCGUUGACGGAGCGCUGACGACUAUCGCGGCGUUUGCAACGAAGCGCUGGCACAUAUAUCUAGCCGCCUUCCUGCUGCCCUUUGGGUCCGGCUCCGCGCCGGCCGCCAAGGGCGUCAUCACCGAAAUGUGCCCCGAGUCGCAGCGAGCCGACGCGCUCAACGCCGUGACGCUCGUCGAGAACAUUGCGCAACUCGCGACACAGGGCCUGUUUGGUUUCGUCUUUGCGAGUCUGGCCGAGGUGGGCAAGGCGUACGCCACGUUUUUCUGCAACGCUGCUGUCGCGGUGGUGGGCAUGGGCGUCCUCCUCUUCUCCACUUUCCCCUCCCCUGAUAGCACGCUCGUUGAGGAUGACGAGUUUGACGACAUGCCAAGCGAAACCGACUCCCAUGAUCAGUGAUCUGACGUGGUUUAAAAACGUACUCCUAUGUAAGCGGUAAGGGAGGCGUGCAGGUCAUGACUAUCUCCGUUUACGCGAAGACAGUGAACGGACGGUGUGGGCGCACUUCUACGUGUGCACGAUAAAGUGCACAUCUGGCGACAACUACAAUCUCGGAAGAAACAUGAUGAAUGAGGGCAUGUGGAAAAGGAGUGACUAUUCAUCAUGAACAGCUGGGCUCGUGAAGCCUCGCACAAAACCUUGGCAUGGUGGACCGGGCCUUGGGCAUAAAUAAACGUUUAUUUGUCUCUUUUCGCCUCCUGACUAGCAACUUGUGAGCUCCAUCCGGCGCGCCGGCAACGCCUCGUGGAUGCCAAUGAGCGGACGCCCCCAAAACUUGAGUAGCCACGACAUACAG